AUGACUCUGACACGGGCAACGAGGCUCAAAUUUAUGAAGAUCGUGGCCUUCUGCGGGGAUCUCACGCAGGUGUGGGUGCAAAGGCUUCUCACUGGCCUCGCUUUAAGCGCUUAUACUCCUAGUGUUUUGCAGAAAUCUCCUGCCGCCAUUCACGCUGCCAGUGAAAUGACACACGUUCACAAUGUAAUAACCCGCGGUGUCAACAGCUUCUACCUCCAAGCUCCCAAUGUCCGCAACCCAUCUGACAUCAAGGACUUCCUACAUUUCGUGAUAGUAUGGGGAAAUCUCGUCGACAGACAUCACGAGACAGAGGAAGAAUCCAUCUUCCCAGAUCUCGAGAACUUCACGGGAGAUAAAGGACUGAUGCAACAUAGUGUGGAACAGCAUCAUGCGUUUCAUUCCGGCUUGCAGACACUCAAAAAUUAUGCUUCUAGUACAGCGCCGGAGGACUACAGCAGCGACAAAAGGAAAAGUAUCAUCGACGGCCUUGGCCCGACGCUGCAGGAGCAUCUGGUAGAUGAGAUCGAUACCAUGCUGACUUUGAAGAAAUUUGACAGUGAGGGAUUGAUGAAAGUUUGGAAGGUAUCUGAGGCUGAAGCCCGUGCGAAGACGCGCUCAACUGGCGCCUCGAAGGCAUCGCCCACGAACCGGAAGCCACAACGCAAGACAGCUGACUCUGUUCUGUAG